UGGUCACACUGGUCACAUUAUCAAGUUAAAGAGCAAGUUUAUUCCCAUGUUGUUAGACAUGUUCACACUCCAUCCAUGUCAGGCACACACACUGUAUCUGUGCCGAAAACAAUCACGCGCCAUCCAAACAAAAAAUAGACAAUGAAUGUCAGCAGCACCUGGAGGUAUUAUACACUACUCCUCAGUGUUUCCAGAAGACCUGCCGCAGAUCUGACCAUGCAAAGGGGAGCAUCAGAGCGCCACAGCAGACAGGGGUAAAGAUCGACUGUGAAGCAAACUGUUAGCACCACUUCCCUGCUAGCCAGACGGAGUUAGCCGACCUGUCCGCCGGUGUGGAGGCUCAACAUGUCGGUGCACUUCGAGGAGAGGAGCGGCGUCAUCCCCUGCGAGACCCCCUGGGGCUCCUGGCACCAGACCAUGGAGGAGGUCUUCAUCGAAGUCAGUGUGCCUCAGGGGACGUCGGCCAAAGAGGUCAAGUGCCGCUUGGGAUCCAGAGACAUCGAGCUGCACGUCAGAGGGCAGGAGAUAUUCAAGGGAAAGUUGUUUGACACGACCGUGUCUGACGAGGCCACGUGGACACUAGAGGACAAGUGUCUCAUCCAGAUUAUUCUGAUGAAGACCAAAAGAGAGGCGGGGAACUGCUGGUCCUCUCUACUGGAGGGGGAGUACUGUGCGAAUGCCUGGGUCCAGGACCAGAUGCAGAGGAAGCUCACACUGGAGAGGUUCCAGCGGGAGAAUCCUGGGUUUGAUUUCAGCGGAGCAGAGAUCUCUGGGAAUUAUGAUGGCGGUGGUCCCGACUUUUCCAGUCUUCAAAAGUGAGCGUUGCCAUGAUGUCAAAAACAAUUCACUUCAGCCUAAUGAAAACUAUCGAGGACGUCCAUGACAUGGCAGAGAACAGUGGAUCCGUCAGUGAGGUGAAGCCAGAAGGUUUGACCUCAGAAGAACUCAUAUCAGGCUGUCUAUACAACAUAACUCUUGGACAAAACCAACGAAGCCAGACCUUUCUUUGGUAGUGAAGAACUGAUUCUGUUUAGCCAAAAUGCAAGGCCUGUAGGUUGAACAGCUGAUUGGUCAUGAUUGAUCUGUUUGUAACAAAAAUGUGAUGCCUUUUAAUGAUGAAACAAAGUCAUACAGCAAUAGCUUUUCAAUAAAGUUUUAUUGAAAGGUACAAGUA